AUGGAAAAUUAUAUGAAAGCUGACGAAAUAAACGUGCCAUGUUUACCGCCUUUUCCGACCGAAUUAACAGCUGAUACGAAAGAAAUGAUAGUGAAAGAAAAUACUAAAUUCAAAAAUAUUCUCAGUUUCGUGGACAAACUUUUUGAGGAUACAAAUUGUCGGAUGGUAAUUUUCAAAGGUGUUGGUGAAGCUACAGCAAAAUGUAUUUCAUGUGUGGAAGUAUUCAAAAGGAAUUAUAAGAAUGGAGUGCUGUAUCAAUGGAAUGAAAUAGUGUUCACUCGACGAACUGAUUCCUGGUUACCGACGGUUGAAAAUUUAAGCAAAAUAUUGGUCCAUGUAGACGUCCCUACGAUUUAUAUUUUAAUUUCCAAGGAUCCUUUUCCGGAUAACUACAUCAAUAAGAGCUGUCAGAAUUCAUCUGUUGAAACAACGGGAUUUACAUCCGAUAAUGAGACGAUUCCAAACAGUUUAGAGUCACGACAAGAAAAACCAAAACUUUUACUGGAAUCAGGGUUAAACAGAUGGAAUAGACCACCGAAAAAAAACUAUAAGUCGCAAAAACACCAGUCGAAAGAUAAAUCAUGA